CCCAAUUCAUAUCCUGGAAACAGUCGCUGCUUGCAAUCUGUCGUCGCAUGGUGGCAGUCCCAGUGGGAGCCCCGGUCUCUCUAGAAAAGCAUUUCUCGUUCCUGACUUUUGGUAUAACCUGCAACAUUUACUCUCUCUCUCUCUCUCUCUCUCUCUCUCUCUGUGGGAGGUAGUUCGAUCGAGAAGGGCGAUGUGGAGGCUGAAGGUGGCGGAGGGAGGAGGAAAUCCAUGGCUGAGGACGGUCAACAAUCACGUCGGCAGACAGGUGUGGGAGUUCGAUCCCGAUUUUGGGUCGGAGGAAGACCGGAUGGCCGUCGAAGAGGCACGGGCAAACUUCACGAAGCAUAGGUCUGCCAAGAAGCAUAGCUCGGACCUCCUUAUGAGAAUGCAGCUUGGAAAAGAAAAUCCCUGUGACAUUUCAAUACCUCACGUGAGCAUAGGAGAGACUGAGGAUGUUUCAUUAGAGGCAGUGACUGCAACCUUGCAAAGGGCUCUCAAAUUCUACUCAACUAUUCAAGCACAUGAUGGCCAUUGGCCUGGUGAUUACGGCGGUCCUAUGUUUCUUAUGCCUGGGUUGGUUAUUGUUCUAUACGUUACUGGAGCACUGCAUAAUGUUUUAUCUUCAGCACAUAUUCAGGAAAUGUGCCGUUACCUGUAUAAUCAUCAGAAUGAAGACGGAGGCUGGGGUUUGCAUAUUGAAGGUCACAGUACCAUGUUCUGUACGGCAUUAAGCUAUGUUACGUUAAGAUUGCUUGGUGAGAGGCUUGAAGGAAUGGAAUCAUGUCGACUGGACAAAGCACAAAAGUGGAUUUUGGACCAUGGCAGUGUCACUGCGAUACCAUCCUGGGGAAAGAUGUGGCUUUCGGUGCUUGGAGUAUAUGAUUGGUCUGGCAACAAUCCCUUGCCCCCUGAAAUAUGGCUUCUUCCUUACUUCAUCCCUUUGCACCCAGGAAGGAUGUGGUGUCACUGUCGCAUGGUGUACUUACCCAUGUGCUUUUUAUAUGGAAUGAGGUUUGUUGGCCGUAUUACAGAAACGGUCUUAGAACUACGAAAUGAGCUUCUUUCUUUACCCUAUGAUCAAGUGGACUGGAAUGGAACACGAAAUUUAUGUGCAAAGGAGGAUCUCUAUUAUCCACAUCCACUCAUACAGGACAUUUUUUGGGCAACUCUUCACAAGAUCGGUGAACCAAUCCUGAUGCAUUGGCCUGGGUCCAUUUUAAGGAAGAAGUCUCUACAUACAGUAAUGCAGCAUAUACACUAUGAGGAUGAAAAUACUCGGUAUAUCUGCAUCGGUCCAGUGAACAAGGUUUUGAAUAUGCUUUGUUGCUGGGUCGAAGAUCCAAACUCAGAGGCAUUUACAUUGCAUCUUGCAAGAAUACCAGAUUAUCUUUGGGUUGCUGAAGAUGGCAUGAAAAUGAAGGGCUAUAAUGGAAGUCAGUUAUGGGAUACUGCUUUCGCUGUUCAAUCAAUAAUAUCUGCGGAACUAUUUGAGGAUUGUGAUGUGGCUCUUAGAAAAGCACAUGACUACAUAAAGAAUUCACAGGUUCUAGAUGAUUGCCCUGGUGAUCUUACUUUCUGGUAUCGCCACAUAUCAAAAGGUGCAUGGCCUUUCUCAACAGCUGAUCAUGGAUGGCCAAUCUCAGAUUGUACUGCUGAAGGAUUGAAGGCUGCUCUUCUACUUUCAAAGUUACCAUCAAAAGUGGUUGGAGAACCUCUGGCUGCAGAACGAUUGUAUGAUGCUGUGAAUGUGAUUCUAUCUCUGCAGAAUAGUGGUGGUGGUUUUGCAACAUAUGAGUUAACAAGAUCAUAUGAAUGGUUGGAGCUGAUCAAUCCAGCUGAAACAUUUGGUGACAUAGUUAUUGAUUACCCAUAUGUAGAGUGCACUUCAGCUGCUGUUCAAGCUUUAACAGCUUUUAGAAAGGUAUAUCCUGGCCAUCGGAAGGAAGAUAUUAAAGCUUGUAUUUCAAAAGGUGUUCAUUUCAUACAAAAGAUACAGUUACCGGAUGGAUCAUGGUAUGGUAGUUGGGGUGUCUGCUUCACAUACGGCUUAUGGUUUGGUGUUAAGGGGCUGGUGGCUGGUGGCAUGACCUACCAGAAUUGCUUUGGAAUCCGAAAAGCAUGUGAGUUUUUGUUAGCGAAACAACUACCAUCUGGAGGUUGGGGUGAAAGUUACCUUUCUUCCCAGGACAAGCUCACUCUGUCACAAGGAGCAGUACAAUUAUGGGUACCGGUACGCAUUGGGUGUGGCUGAGGUACGUGUUUGACCAUACCGGAUACGAUCAAUGUACCCAGGGCUCUAGGCAUUACCCACAGCAGCAGUGGCUAUGGAGUUCUCUGGCGACGUUGGCUGCUCCGUCAAUUGGUUUCCGGCAGUUUUUGGCGAGAGGCAAUGUCUCCGGCGAAGAGCGAUGCAGCUGCUGUUGUUCAGCGACUUCUCCGUCCACUGAUUUGGGCUUUUUUUGUUGAAGCUUCAUACUUAAGCUUCUUUUUUUUCCGGCAGUCUCCUGUCAUCCAAGAGUCUAUCCGUUUACUUCCGGUGGUAGGUUUAGAAUCGUCUGCCCUUCUUCUAUGACCUUCAUCAACUGUUCUUCUUUUUCUUCUUUGAAAAUCAUAUUGUCUGCCCUUUCUCUUUUACAUUUGUAUGCAACCACAUUUUUUUUUCAGAUAACGUGUGUCUGUGCAUGCUCCUAUGUUAUUUUCUGUAACUGACUUGUUCCGUUUCAGCAUUUGGGGCAUAGAUUCCAGUUCCACAAUGCUGAGUCGUGGUUUGUAUUUGACUGUCUAAGGGGCUGCUCAGCCUCAUCCCAUUGCAACUUUGCAAUAUAUGCAGCAGAUGACUUUGAGAUUGAUAAGUAAUUUGUUCAUAAGCUUAUAGUUUUUCAAUUUUCAUAGGUUUUUUAAACACACUGCUGCAAGAGCCGUUGGUAUAUAUCUUCUAUGUUGUUUCCUUGUUUAUGUUGACAUAUGUUUUCUAUGUUGUUUACUUGUCAUAGAUAUUUUUAUGUUGUAUAUAUAUAUAUAUAUAUAUAUAUUACCCCACACCCAAGUUUUUGAAAAUGGUCCGUACCUCUAACCAUACCUAUGUGCAAUAGGUGGCUCAUAAUUUAAAAUUCUCAUUUUCUUUGAGCAAAAAAGAGUGCCUUCUCCAGUAUUUGAGUAGACACUGAUGGAAGCUUUCUGGAUAAUGCAUACU